AGCACACAGAGCUGUUCUUGAGAGAGUUAAAGUGGAGGGCUCCACGACUUAAGCUCCAUAACUCUACAAAGCAGGUCAUAUCUUGGACUCAUUGACGCAUCUGAUCAUUGCCACUGCGCUGCGGUGGUGUUGGAGCUCUCAAUUUGGAGCCUCACCACGAUUUUUGGUCUGUAUUGCGCCCGUAAGGUCUGUAGUCUGGCGACCAGAAGACGUGAACCUUGAGGACAUCAGAGUUUGGAGCGAUUAUUAGUGUUGUUUCGAGGAGUUGAGGUCUUGCCGAAAUCUACGAUUCGCAGGAGAGCAAAUAGUUUAGUUACGUUUUUAAUCUCGGAGAAAUUGCUAGAAGGUUUCGGAGGUGGUCUAAUUCGGUAUGGUGUCCACAUUCCCUGGCAUCGUUGAUUGAAGGCGUCGUUACUGUUCUUGAGAUUCUGGAGGGGAGACUUCUGUGUCUUUCUGAAGCGAGUGUCGCAGUCUCCUCCGAUUCUACUCCGGGCUUACGAAGUGUGAAGUGUGUACUCUGCUGUGGAAAGUAAGAAGCCUGGAGUAUUAAUUGCUUCUGCGCACUGGUCAGAGCGCCAUAAGCAAUGGCGAGGGCGAAAAAGCUUAUCAAUGAUCCCAAUGACGUCGUCAAAGAGUUGAUUGAGGGAAUGGUGGAGACAUAUCCUCACCUUACAUAUCUUGAUGGCAUACCUGAGGUGAAAGUGAUAUUGCGUUCAGAUAUUAAACGAGGGAACUACAAUAAAGUUGCAAUUAUAUCAGGUGGUGGAAGUGGUCAUGAGCCUGCUCAUGCUGGAUAUGUCGGUGAGGGUAUGCUUACAGCCGCAAUUUGUGGGGAAGUGUUUGCUUCUCCAUCUGUUAACGCAAUCUUAGCUGGAAUUCGUGCGGUUACUGGACCUCCUGGAUGUCUUCUUAUUGUCAAGAAUUACACAGGAGAUCGUCUAAAUUUUGGAUCUGCUGCUGAGCAAGCGAAGGCAGAAGGUUUCAAAGUUGAGAUGGUGAUUGUUGGUGACGAUUGCGCCCUUCCCCCUCCUCCCCGAGGCCCAGUUGGCCGACGUGGAUUGGCGGGUACAUUAUUUGUUCACAAGGUUGCCGGAGCAGCAGCUGCUGCAGGGCGUCCUCUCCCCGAAGUUGCAAAAGUAGCAAGGCGAGUUACAGAGAUGGUAGGCACGAUGGGAGUAGCAUUGACUGUGUGUACGUUGCCAGGGCAAAAUCCCUCUGAUCGAUUGGGGCCUGGGAAAAUGGAGUUGGGUUUGGGCAUUCAUGGCGAACCAGGAGCUAUGGUAGCUGAUUUGCAGCCUGUAGACGUCGUUGUGGCUCACAUUUUGAAGCAAAUUUUAUCUCAGGAGACAAACUAUGUACCUAUUACUCCAGGGAGUCAAGUUGUACUUAUGGUGAAUAGUCUUGGAGCAACACCUAUGAUGGAGUUAAUGAUCGCUGCGGGGAAAGCUGUUGCACAACUGCAAAUAGAGCAUGGCUUAGCAGUGGAACGUGUUUACACGGGCUCCUUUAUGACAUCACUUGAUAUGGCAGGAAUGUCGCUCUCUGUACUGAAGGUGGACGACUCCAUCUUGGAUGCACUCGACUCUGCAACUCAGGCGCCAGCGUGGCCUGUUGGAGUUGCUGGGCCUCGCCCAUCGACAACCUUACCCGUCGCCCUUCCACCUGCACCAGCAAACCUCAAUCCGGAUCCAGUCCGCCCACAAGAAUUAAGCGCGCAAGGUCAGAAAUUGGAGGCCGCAAUCAGAGCUGGUGCCACAGCAGUCCUUGGCCUCAAAGAGUCCUUGAAUGAAUGGGAUGGAGUAGUUGGUGAUGGAGAUUGUGGAACAACGAUGGCCAAAGCAGCAAAAGCUGUGCUUCAAGACCUAGAUAGUCACUAUCCUUUGAACGAUGCUGCCGCCACCGUACAUGAGUUAGGCUCUUCAAUAAGAAGAGUAACAGGUGGCACAAGUGGAAUACUAUACGACAUAUUUACCAGAGCAGCAUUUGUUAUUCUGAAGAAUGUUGGAAACCCAGUCACGGCUAAGAAAUGGUCUGCAGCUUUUGAGGCAGCAGUUGCUGCUGUAGGAAAGUAUGGUGGUGCUUCGGCUGGUCAUCGUACUCUUUUGGAUGCCCUUUUGCCUGCCUCAACCACCCUCCAAGAGAAAUUGGCUGCUGGAGAGGAUCCGUUGAAGGCAUUCAACGCUGCUGCUGAUGCUGCGGUAGCAGGUGCAGCAGCUACAAAGUCCAUGCUAGCACAGAGUGGUCGUUCGAGUUACGUUCCUGAGUAUGUCCUUGCGAAAGUUCCAGAUCCUGGCGCCAUGGCAGCCGCAGAGUGGCUACGCGCAGCUGCCCAGGCUCUAUCCUCUUCCCCCUAGCGAUCCGACUUCCCAUUUGGUCAUGGAGAUUGGAUACCAUGUUCCUCCUUUCUUUCAUUGGUCUACAGAAAUUCAUCUAGCCGUUUACCAUGAUUCAACAUCCUGGAUGACCAUUCUAGAGAAACGUCUUCAUGUUUUGAGAUGAGUAUGCUACUGAAAUAUCUGGCUUUGACCAGGUUUUGACCUGUGAGAACAACAUUCAUGAUAAAGCUCAAGCGAAGAGGUGGUUUAGAUUGUCGCCCUUCCUAAAAACAUAAGGCAAUUUAUUUUCUAAGUUCUUGUAAUGGCAUGUAGCUUCUGUGAUCUAAUAAUAUGUUAUUACAGCUGAAGCUACUGCUGCCUGGUUCCCGCUGAGUCCUUGCAAGCUGGAGGCUCUUUGGGAGUUCCUUAGUUUGUUUUCCCCCGCGCAAUCGUCUUGGACAACUAUUCCACUCGUGGAAUGUUGAAAGGAUGGUGUAAAUUUUGAGGCCUCUAAUGACAUUUGAGGUGAUCCCUUUCUAUGUCCAAUGCCACCCUUUCGUUGUUGGCAGCCUGAUGUAAUUUCCAUCAGCAAUCAUUUGUCGGCUUUCACUCAA